AUGAAGUCUUCACGUAAUAGGAGGUCCACAACCACACGGAGUAGAACCAUACCGAGUAGAACCACACGUUCGACACUCAAUGAGGACGAAUUUACAAAACCUUCAAUCCCUCAAAACUCCCUCAGAUUCAAACUCCCUCGCAACAAUGAAGUGUCCAUCGACAUGGGGGGCGCAAUCCUGAAUGUCAGAGCUGGAGAUAAAGAUGGAGCCCUCGACUUCACUUACAAAACUCGGAAAUCUCGUGAUGAGCCCACAGUGGAAAGCACAGUGCAACCGUCAGUGGAAGAGGUGGAGGGGAACCAGGGAUCCGAUGAUGAAACGGUGGUUGAUGACACGGAAGAUCGAUCAUCUGAAGAAACAUUGCACACCGAGCCAAACUCUCAGAAGUUCGUCCCUGUGCCGCCAAACUUGAGCACCAACAGAGCUUCCGAAAGGUCUCACAUGAAUGAGGACGAAAGUGAGGGUUGGGAUUGGGUAAGAUGGGCAGAGCUCCUUGAAAAUCCACCUGAUCCAAAGUCUACACCACGACGGCAAACACGACAGUCCACAGGUCAUAGAUCAAGAAAAAGAGGGUCGAAGAAACCGUCUAGGCGUAGAAGAUCGGAUGUAUUCGAUUCUGAUUCUCGGACGUCCUCUACACAAUCGUCUUCGCUAAAAAAUCCACCUGAUCCAAAGUCUACACGACAACGGCGAACACGACAGUCCACGGGCCCUACAUCAAGAACAAGAGGGUUGAAGAGACCGUCUAGGCGUAGAAGAUCGGAUGUAUUCGAUUCUGAUUCUCGGACGUCCUCUACACAAUCGUCUUCGCUAAAUGAACAAGUCCCUCGUUCAACGACGAACCCCAGAUAUUCACACUCCAAGCGCAACCGACACCAUCGCCCGACCAACCGACGUCACACUCAAUCUCUGCCACCUCGAAACAGAAGCUCCGCACCCGAGUAUAGAUCGAGACGAGAUUAUCCGUUCGAUAGUCUCCCCCGUGACGCACUAGGGUACAAGAUGGUCUUUGUGCCUGAAACACUGGCAGAGAAACUUGCAGAAACAGCUCAAGACAUGUGUGCCGAGCAAUCCUCACCAACAAGUAAUCGAUACGGGCUCAUGACACGAGAAGAGAGGGCAAUGAUGACACUACUACAGGAUCCCCACAACGCUGAACGCUUCACUGACUGGGCACACUUUCUCGAUUGUGUGGAUGAAUCUACCCAUGAGUUUGAGCAAUAUGAAGGGACAAGGUGUAAGACGCUGAUGGGGCAUAUGAUAGCCUUCGAGAGCGAGAUGCCUCAUGAUAUUCUGGGAAUGGUCAGACAUAUCUGGUCUGAUAUGACACGAAUGCAAGAAGCAUUACGCAAUGACAAUACUACAGGACUGGGUAAGAACCCUAGGGUUAGUUUUGCCCCGGAAGAGACACUAGGUCCCUCCGGAGCACGUCGGGCGUCUCCCACUCGAACAGCUGAAACCGUUUCCCCUUCAACUCCUGCCCCUGCAUAUACAGCCACUUUACCAACUGUAAAGCCCACAGAUACAGGUGUUUCAUACAUUCCCCCAACUAUCAUCGUAAACCCUCCAAUCGCUCAUUCCACAACUGUCCCCACUGCUGGUAUUGGAGGAGGUGCGACCAUAAGUGAUCCUCGCGUUACAUCCACGCCAAAUACUCAGGUGACUACGACACCUCCGACCAGAGGUAAGCGGAAUCCACCUCCUGUCCAACCUGUGAUCGAUGACCGUUACAUCACCCGAGGUGACAACACUAAGGAUGACAACACAAGUACGAAUUUUUUCAAGCGGGCACGGGCGAAGUUACGAAAGUCGAGGCCAAAAAACCGGGAAACUCGUGGAACUACAAAUCAGCCUACUGCUACAGUACCGACUGCACGCACCGAGGGCGCGUUUAAAAAGACGCUAAGAAAGAUUGCGUCAACGUUUAAGAAGACAAGAACGACUACAGUGAAUGAUGCGGACAGUGAGACGUUGACGGAUGAAUCAUACAGCGUCAGACUACCUUACCGACCUCCAACACCUCCAAGGGGAUAUAGAAGGCCACCAGGUAUAUUAAAAAACGGAGGGACCACGGGAGUAGCUACGGAACCAACCGUACCUGCGACUACCACACAAAUCUCAUCAGUCAACCAAAGAACGGGGCCUACAGGGACCGAUGCCCGGACACAGGAGCUUCCUGCGGGAGAUCACGAAACAUCCAAGAAACCCGUGGAACUCUUCGACGUGUUCGACAAAGAUAGUAACAUUGAGGAAAUGUUGGAGAGGCAGCUUCUCGGGCCAAAGCUUGGGGACCUGCAUCAGGAAUCACCGCUGCAGAACUGGCGGUAUUGGAAUCGCUCAACAUCGUAUGUAGAUAGACAAAGAACAGAAUGGUUUUGGUCACCGGCAACGGAACGUUGGUGCAGAGCGCCAAAGACACCGAAGGAAUACGUCCCGUAUGGAACUACAAUGCUUUCAGACUAUAGUGGCAGGACUGCACGCCGGAGACGGACAGGUCCGGAGCUACACGGACCUGAUCAGACCCGACCCUGGACGGACCCAGCCAGAGAGUCUCAACACCGGGAAGAUGAGGAGGGCACGAACAGAUGCAGCAGACUAGAUACAUAUGAUCUGAACACCCUUACAUGGGUUAGCGGGCUACAAUGUGCCAUUGAUGGGAAGAAGGGUCAACUAAGUAUACUUAUUGAGGAGAAUAGUACUUCGGCAAGACUAGCAUUGAUAACUCUGGCUGGGUCUGGGCACCUCCAGAGUGGCUCUCCAGCUGGGUCCAAGAGGGGUGUUUUGAACCGUGCGACUCCGGAGUAG